GGCGGUGAUCGAGAACAGCUUAACGGCCUUAUCUCUCGCAGCUAGCGGAACAUUGUCGUAUUUCUUUGCUCAGGCAACCUCGAACGGGAGAUACGAUACUAUGCAAAAUGCUCGCCUUGUUGGCAUUGGCGGAGACUGUACCAAAGAGGCGUCUCCCUUCACCCCCCUCCCGGUCAAGAAUGACAGCAGCUUCAGGUCCAGGUCCAGGUCCCAGGUCCCGGUCUAGGUUCAGGUCCUGGUUCAGGUCCAAAAGCAAGUACGUACGUGUCGUGCUAGUGUUACGUAGCAUGUCCCGCGUCGACCAAAAGAAAAGAUGUCGCCAUACAGGUACACGAUGGAGACCACCAGGCAGCUCUCUUCCCAAGGAUUCGCCAUCUCAGCGUGUACGUUGUUGCACAGCGGUGCUACUGCGCCGUUUCUCCGUACUCUCGCUAGUGGGGGCUACGUAAAUAAGUCGUUCCUCCAAGGUAUUUCCGGCUCAAUGGUGAGUUUGCUGGUGAGACACCUGCACGUCGACCAGGCUCUUCCCGUUGGGCUAAGAAACGUCGAUGAAUAUUGAUCCACCGUGAUCCGACGGCAUGCGGACUGGGACCAGGUUGCAAGUGAUGGGUGGCCUUUAUGCCACAAGGGAAUCUCGAGCCAGGGCUUCGCCUAG